GGGAGAGUUCGGGCUCCUAGCUUAGUGCGAGGAGGGCGGGGGCGGGAGCGCGGAUGCUGGAAGUUCACAUCCCGUCGGUGGGGCCCGAGGCCGAGGCGCCCAAGCAGAGCCCAGAGAAAGGCCACAUGGUGUUCCGAGUGGAGGUGCGGUACUGCGGGCGCAGACACACGGUGCCGAGGCGCUACAGCGAGUUCCACGCGCUGCACAAGCGGAUCAAGAAACUGUACAAAGUGCCCGACUUCCCCUCGAAACGCCUGCCUAACUGGAGGACCAGAGGGUUGGAGCAGCGGCGGCAGAGUUUGGAGGCCUAUAUCCAGGGCGUCCUAUACCUGAACCAGGAUGUGCCCAAGGAGCUACUUGAAUUCCUGAGUCUUCGGCACUUUCCCACAGAUCCCAAGGCCAGCAGCUGGGGGACCCUCCGGGAGUUCCUGCCUAGCAAUAGCAGAGUGCAGCUGCACCACCAGCCUGUCAUCAGCUUCUGCGUGGAUCCCUACAUUUGCAUCCCAUCCCCAGAGCCUCUGCCCAAUGUGGUGGUGAAUGGUGUGCUCCAAGGCUUCUACGGCUUCAGCACCAGCACAGCUGACGCCCAGCCAGAGGAGCCUUGUCACCCUGCAUCUCUGCCACCGAUGCCCUGACCAGCCCAGAGGCCUCUGGACUAUCUGCCAGGACAGUCACGUGCCUCAGUACUGUGAGCUCCAUAAAAGGGACAUAGGCUAGGUCCCCCUUGGACUGGACCCAGGACUUACCCACCCCAGGCUCAGAACUCAGCUGCACUGGUGGCUGGGGGUGCUAGAACUCCUGCACUCCCAGAGCCCUGGGGCCAGGGCGGGGACGACAGAGGGUAAGGAGAGGGAGAAGUCAAUUUAGGAGGUAGGCUAUGAAAAGGUACAGGUGUAUUUCCUCACCAACACCAGGAGAGGGCAAGCAAAGGUUGCAGCAAAGUGGUAGCUGGCAAAGGUCAGAAGCAAGGAGCAAAAGUUCCUGCUCGAGGUUUUAUGGGUAGCACCUGGGGAAAGGACUCUGGCUGGAGCCCAAGGAGGGGACAGGCAGGGGCCACAGGAGUCCCAGACAGGCUAGGACGUAGACCUUGGGGGAGGUGCUGCAGGCCCCACAACCUAGCCCACACACAGGUUAUAAAAAAACCCACUUUUUUUUUAUUGGUCAGUGUUGGUAGGAGUUUGUUACAAAACUGGGCCUGUGGGCCUGUGGAAUGUGAGAGGAGGGGUCCACUCCACCAGAUGCCAGCACUAGGGCCAGUGCAGCAGAGCCCUGUGGCGGGCUGUCUUCACCCCUCAAGUGGG